AACGACGAUCUGUUUCAAUGACUCUCUUUGCAGCUCGUCCGUGUGUCCUUGUGCACGAGAUUCAGCUGUAAAUGCGACGUUCAAGCGGCGUUUUUGUGAGAAACCUGACGUCACUGAAAGACUUCACUGACCUUGGCUAGCCAGCUAACGGAGCUAGCUGCCGUUAGCGUGUCUUGAAUUGAACAACAUGUCAUCGCCCCGGUGUCAUUGGCUGUCUCUUGUCAAAAAUGUGUUUCCACCUUCUCGUUCAUACGAGUUCUUACACAUACGCGGAACCAUUUAGGACCCGCUGUCGCUUAUUCUUCACUCGUAAGGUUAGCUCCUCGGGCCUGCUUUACACUGAGGACGUUGACGUCUCCUGCGUUGGUGCCUCUUGUCUGCGAGGUUCAACACAAACGGAAAAGGGGUUCAUCGUCAGACCUCUAUCCAGAAGAUAACAGUUGCCACUUGUGUAACUGCAUCGUGACGUAGCAUCUUAUUGCGAUUCAAUUAGAAGUGGACGUGUUUUUCCAGAUUCGGCUUCACCUAAUAAUCAAGGUGACAUUUCCCACCGAGCUGAAACUAAUAAUACAAGCAGGAUGGCAGGCCGCCGUGUAGCAAUGAAGUCCAUCGACUGGCUGUCGUUUGCUGAGCGUAUCCCACCCAACCAGAGGGGCAUGUUCAACGCUCUGAAGACUCGCAGUGAUGCCAUCUCUGCAAAACUGGCCUCACUGCCAGAGGCUGCUGUAACCAUUGACUGGAGCCACUACAGGAGCACAGUGGCUAAAGCCGGGAUGGUUGAUGAGUUUGAAAAGAAGUUCCUAGCCCAGAAGAUCCCUGAGCCUAUCGACACACAGACGAGCACCAUCAAUGUACAGGAGGCUGAAGCUAACAAAAAUGCAUCAACCUACAUUGAAGGAUCUAUGGCCCGCAUUGCUCAGUAUGAGCAAAAGCUGGAUAACUUCAAGAACAUGAUUCCCUUCGACGAGAUGACCAUCGAGGAUCUCAACCACACCUUCCCUGAGACCAAGUUGGACAAGGUCAAGCACCCAUACUGGCCCCACAAGCCCAUUGCGGAUCUGUAAUCCCUUUACCUGAAACUCACCUCACAAUAAAGUUUAUGUAUUGUAUAGAGAAA